GCUAUCACCGUCCCAAAAUCAAAGAAGCAAAAUCGAGUGAGCAGAAAAGAAAGAAGAAAGAACAAUAGAAUAAUUUUACACAUAUGGGAACUAAAAAGAUUCCUGAAACCCGCAACGGGCACAUUGUUCUUGUACUUAUCAUCACCAUAAUGAUGGUGACUCACUCCCAUGGAUUUAAACUAGAGAUUUGCAACGAGCUCUCGGGAAGGUACAGGAGACUUGUGUACAAUUGCUGGUCCCGCGACAACGAUUUUGGGUGGCGACAGAACUGGCCAGAUAUGAUCAAGGAAUGGUCCUUCGCCAUGUCGCUAUUCCACACCUUCUUCUACUGCCACUUCCAUACAGGGUACGGGCGCGUGGAUAAGCAGCUAGUAGCGUCGUGGGAUAUGAAAGAGCAGUGUGGGGACAGGAGCACAUGCACUUGGGUUGUUAAGAAGGACGGACUAUACUUGAGACAUUGGAAGACCAUAUAUUAUAGUAACAAGUAUGGUAAUGAGAGGUGGAAUGAGUAUGUUCAACAUGAUAUCCUCAAGAAAUCUUGGAGCUAAAUUAACAACUUGUCGAUGUUGUUCGUUAUGAAGAUCUCGAGGAUGUCGUGAUUUUUCUCUGUAUGUUUAUAUUCAUGGUAAUAAAACCAUAAAUUGUGUAACUAUAUAUAUGGUAAAAAAAAAUGAGAAAGAACGUAUCUAUAGUAUGGUGUUAAUUGUACUGUGAAAUGUGAA